CUUAUGCUUGUCCUGCCCAUCAUUUACAACAAAGUGGAGCCAGUUAAAGAACAAGUUCGAGGAUUUUUUUUAGCAGCUUCAGGAGGCCUUUUUACUUGCACAGUGUUAGUUAUUUUAUGGGUGUAUAGUGUUCUUAAGAUUGUACCUCAAGUAGAUGGUUGUUCAGGAAAAUACACUGGUGUGGUCAAUAGUAGUGAAACAACGACAUCGCAUCUGAUUACUAUCCAUCAAGACGACUGCUAUUCUUUAGAAAGAUCACGACAAUUAGGCGAAAUUUCCACAGUUCCCUUGACAGCGAUUAUUGUAGAGGAAUUUCCUGAGUAUCGAUGGGUUGGAAAAACCAUGCAAGCUUUUAUUCUGAUCAGCAUCACGGUCGCUUUUCUUGCCUAUGGAUUGGGCAUGAUACACUUGCUUGGUGGAAUUUUAGACUCUAUUCAAGAAAUGUUUGUAGAAGGCUCGUCUGAUACAGGACGUUCACCAAGCAAGUGUCAGAAGUUAGUAUCUUACAAGAUAUUUCGGACAUCCGUUUUCUUGCUAGCCUUUCUCUUAAUAUGUGCGGUGGCACUGUCGAGACCACAAGGAUUUGUGAUAUUGAUGGAAUUUGUGAUAACUAUUCUACUCAACAUUCUUACUGGAUUUUUUUUGGUUAUUAUGAUACAUCAAAGUAAAACAGAAAAAUACAGGGAUCUUGCAGUGACAUGGAAGUUCCCCGAAAAGUUAUACUACAUAAAGUAUCUUAUUGCUUUAUACUUUGGAUUUGGAAUUGCCUUUGCUUUAUAUAAAUAUGCAUUUUAAUGUGUCUUUGUGUAGCAAAAUAUUGGGCACUUUGGGCAAUUCAAUUUACCAGUACUGUACGUGUCUCUUUUAACAAGAACUACACAAUUGGUAACUGGUAGCAUGUUUAACGUUCUUGGCAGACCGAAUGCAAACUAAUACACUAAGUCUAUAAUAGUCCUUACUACCCGUACAUGGUUGAAAUAGUGAUAUGUAAUAACACAAUAAAUAAUGGCAUUAAUAUAACUUAGCAGCAGCAACGAUGCAACGUUACUUAGUGGUGAAACGUUAUAAA